CGAAAAAAACGAAAAAGAAAAUAAAUUUAUUUUUCUCUUCUUCUUCACACAAACCGGUCACCCCCUGGUUUUUGUUCGCGCCGCCGUUUCCUCGCCGUGGACAACCUCCCUCAGCUGACUCCCAACCGAUCCUCACGCCGUCACUGAGUCUCCACGCCUCCCGAGCUGGUUCUACAUGUCGGUUGUCCUUUCGUAAGCCGGUCCGACGCUGCCGCUUCAACCACGCUUCGUCUACCGCUCCUCCCUGUCGUCGGGUUUCUCCUCCUGCUGCCGCUGUUGAUUAUUGGAUCUGCUAAGUGGAUGAGAUUUAGGUAAGUUUUUGGUUUUUUUUUAUGGGUUUUGGAUACCCAUUAUAGAUUGGAUUAAGAUUUGGUUCUUUCUUGACUUCGGAAGAUUAUUUGAGUGGUUUUUUAGAGUUGUUCUUGGAGAUUAGGCCGCUGUCUAGCAACAUCUUGGUGAGGUUUUGGUAAGUAAUUAAGGGAACUAAGUUGAAUGUUGAUUGGAAGUGUCUUGGUAAGGUUAAUAAUAAUUUAUGUGAUGUUAUAUGUUGAUUCAAGGAGGAGGAUUGGGUUUUGGAAUGUGAAUUGUUUACUUAAAUAUUAUUGUGCGGUUGUAAUUUGAGGUAAGGAAUUUACUAUCGGAGUCCUGGAUUGUAAUUAAGAUGUAUUCAUGACUGCUUUUGGACUGUGAAAGUAUCAUGAAAUUUCUUCUUGCAUAGAUCUUUCCAACUCAACUAGUGAAUUUUCUUACAGUUAUUCUCAAAACCCCACCAAAACAUGGACAUAGAAGCCAUUACAUUUAUUCCAAUUAAUGAGCAUUUUUGUACACGUAGUUGUUUUUCCAGAAUGUUUUCAGAUGAGGGAUUGGGUGAAGGUUGUAAAAGCAAUAAGAUUGGUGUUCGGGCACAAGGCAUCAAAAGAUGUUUCUUUUAGGUUUGAUAGUUUAUCCUAGGAUAGUUUUUAAUAAAUUGCUUCCGCUGAAGUGUGUAAGUUGUAUAUUUUUCUAAUUGUUUUUACAUUAUUGUUUUAAUAGCUUUAUUGAAAAAUACGGGCUCCUUAUCAUAAAAGAGAAAUGGCUGUUACACUGUUUCGCCUCUCGUUCCUGCAAAUUUGACACUCAAGGACUCUUGGAGUUGAAGUCCAAGAAUCGGAUUAAGAACUGUAAUUUAUGCCUGCAAGUUUGUCGCUCAUCUUUUCCCUAAGAUUUGGGAAAGUUUAGAGUUUGCACCAUGAAAACUAUGGCUUUUAUGGCUAUUAGAAGGAAGUUCAGGGACAAUGUUGUCCAGGAGUUCAUGCUACAGCGGUGCUACAGCUCUAAAGUCAACUUGAAGAAACUUCGCCCAAUGAUUUUAAAGAGAAUUCAAGAUCGGGCAAAAAACUAUCCUAUAAAGGGAAUGACUCCAGUGGCACAGCAAGUCCUUGAAGCUAGGGCAAUGCUUAUACAUGGAGUUUCCACUCUUCUCAAAUCAUUUCCAGUUCUCUCUUGCAAAUUUUGUCCAGAAGUAUAUGUUGGUGAGGAAGGUCAUCUAAUACGAAGUUGUGGUGGUUAUAAACGUGGUGCCAAGAAUCAGGUUCAUCAGUGGAUCAGAGGUGAUUUGAAGGAUAUCAUUGUCCCAGUAGAAGCAUUUCACCUCCAUCACAUGUUCCAAGAUGUUAUUAAACAUGACGAGAGGUUCAACUUUGAACGUGUUCCAGCAGUAGUUGAGCUAUGCUCCCAAGCUGGGGCCAAUCCAGAUGAUAAAAAUCUGGCUUCAAGCACUCAGAAUUCAGCUGAAGGUGGUGGCUCAGGCAUGGAUGAACCUCUGUCAGAUCACGAGAUGAUGCUUUUAGCAACUGAAACCAUCAGGGCAUGGGAAACACUUCGGACCGGCGUGCAGAAGCUGUUAAUGGUAUAUCCUACUAAAGUCUGUAAGUACUGCUCAGAAGUUCAUGUUGGGCCAUCAGGACACAAAGCUAGACUUUGUGGAGUUUUUACAUAUGAGAGUUGGCGAGGGUCCCAUUUCUGGGAGAAAGCAGAUGUAGAUGAUUUAGUUCCUCCGAAGAUCGUUUGGCAUCGGAGACAACAAGAUCCUCCUGUGCUUGUUGACAAAGGGAAGGAUUAUUAUGGACACGCACCAGCAGUGGUGGCUCUUUGCACGCAAGCAGGAGUCAUUGCACCAUUUAAGUAUCACUGUAUGAUGAAAGUUCAAGGCCUAUCGCCUAGAGUCAAACUUGAGCUAUGAAAUCUCCUUUUGAUGGACAUCAUGUGGAGCUUCCCAGAACUUCACGCAAAUACAGUAUACAACUUUAAGGUGACUGUACCUAUUUAUUUUCUUUCUUCCUGCUUUAUCUGUUGGGUUGAUCUUUUAAGCUUAUAGAAGGAGAAACAUGGAUGGUACAUCAUCAGAUCACUGAGAGGCAACUUAGGAAAAGUUUUGUAGUUCACAAAGUUGAAUAAUUUUGAACCAGGUAUAUUGAUAGUUAAAACUAACUUUAUAAAGCAAUAUUGUACAGUCGUCUUAUUCUCUUUAUCAUAAAUAUGUAUCAGGUCGAUUCCCCGUCUCCAUUUAGCUCGUGAACAUAAUUUUCUUUUACCUC